CGGGGAAGGAAGAGCACUUCCGGGGGCUGGGGUGCGUGUGUCUAGUUCCGCUUGGGGUCGCUUCUGGUUUCGCUUGCGGGGUCCGAGAGGCCGGUUUCCCUGAAGCUGGCUCUAGGUGGGGCCAGGAUGGCGAAGGCGAAGGUGCCGACCCCCAAGACCGCCCCGGCCGACCCCGCGUCUGAGCCAGGGCUUGUCAAGAAGCCAACACGGAAGGAAAAAAAGAAGCUAUGGAAAAGCAAAGCGCGGGAUGUAAGCAAGAGACCGACAAGCGACCCCAAGGUUGAACUGCGCCCUCCGAAGGCUCCGGAGGACUUUUCCCAGAACUGGAAGGCGCUGCAGGAGCUGCUGAAACAGAAACCGCAGGCCCCGGAAAAGCUUCUCGUCACGCCUCAGGUGGAUUCCAAGCAGCACCCCAAAACCCACCACCAGAGCCGGAAAGCAAAGGGGGGCCAGAUGGGUGUGGAAACGGCGCCCCAGGAGGCCCCCUUGGGCCCCGCCCCUCCCGCAAAGGGCAGCGGAGCAACUCGAGGUGAGAAGGGGACCAAGAGAAGGACUGAUGGUGACCUUGCUCCACAGCGAGGGGCCCGAUCACGUAAGAAGCGGAAAGCGGAGGAGGUAACCACCGCCAGGACUCCAGCCCCGCCCACUGAAGAAGACAUCUGGUUCGAUGACGUGGACCCAGCGGACAUCGAAGCGGCCAUGGGCCCGGAGGCCGCCCGGAUAGCAAGGCAGCAGCUGGGGGUCAAGGACAGCGGUCUGGCGCUGGAGAAGCAGCAGGCCUUCGGCGGCCUGACCAGAGCUGUGGCCCUGGACUGUGAGAUGGUGGGUGUGGGCCCCGCGGGGGAGGAGAGCGUGGCCGCCCGCGUGUCCAUCGUGAACCAGCACGGGAAGUGCGUGUACGACAAGUACGUCAGGCCAGCCCAGCCGGUGACUGACUACAGGACGGCGGUCAGCGGCAUCCGGCCGGAGCACCUGCAGAGGGGAGAACAGUUUGAAGUGGUGCAGAAGGAAGUGGCGGACAUGCUGAGGGGCCGGGUCCUCGUGGGACACGCUCUGCACAACGACCUAAAGGUGCUCCUCCUCGACCACCCGAAAAGGAAGAUCCGGGACACGCAGAAGUACAAGCCUUUCAAGAGCCAAGUGCGGAGCGGAAGGCCGUCUCUGAAGCUGCUGGCAGAGAGGGUCCUGGGCAUCCGGGUGCAGCAGGCGGAGCACUGCUCGGUCCAGGACGCCCAGGCUGCGAUGAGACUCUACAUCCUGGUGAAGAAGGAGUGGGAGCGCCAGGCCCGGGACAGGCGCCCGGCUGCCACCGCCCCGGGCAGCGUCCCCGACCCCGGGCACCGGUGACCAUGUCCUGGGGCAGACCACGCCUCCCCAGAGUGGAGGGCGUGGCAGCACACACACCCCUGAGAACAGCCUCUCCCCUGGCCGGGCCGGGUCCGGUCAGCUUGGCCAAAACCCCAGCCAGGAGUUUUCCGCGGCCGCCUUUGGACUUGGCGACUCCCGGUGGCGGUGCUCCUUCCUGCCCCUGCACUACCGCCUGCCCAGCUGAGCGAGGUCAGCGCCCACAGCGGCCCCCGAGCGAGGUGACACCGGUCAGUCCCUGAGGCAGUGCCUCCCCCGUGGGCAGUGGUGUGCCGCCCUGGGUGGCCUGGCCCAGGGUCCCCAAGAAGGCACGGGAGCCCCCGUGUGUGCGAAGCCCAGGGCGUCACCACCCUGCCGCAGGCGCAGAGAGGUCCGGGCCCCUGCGGAACAGAGGAACUAAUAAACGAGGUUUUAUUCA